AUGGCUUGUGCCCAAGGCAAGAAAGCACCCGAAGCUUCCGAAGCAGGAAAAGCACUGUAUGAAGAUAAGUGCGCACAUUGCCACGGUAUAGAAGGGGCGGGUGAUGGGUCUGCAGCAGAAAACCUAUUACCAAGACCGAGAGAUUUCACGCGAGGUCUCUACAAGAUUCGCUCAACGGAAGGCAGUCAACUGCCUACCGAUCAAGAUCUCUUUGACAUCAUAUCAAACGGUAUGCCGGGGUCCUCGAUGCCCGCUUGGAGCGAAAUCUUGACCGAGGAUGAACGCUGGCAGCUCGUUGCCCAUAUCAAGACAUUCCACGAUGGCUUUGAAGGGGCUUCACCGCGCCUAAUUGAUGUGUCGGGCAAAGUUCCGUACUCUGAAGAGAGUGUCACAAAAGGAAAAGUGUUUUACACCAAUCUGGGAUGUGUCGAUUGUCACGGAGUAAUCGGCAGGGGCGAUGGCACAUCUGCCCCAGAUCUUACCGAUGAGUGGGGUUUUCGCACAUGGCCCGCCAAUCUGUGGCAUCCGUGGAAUUAUCGGGGUGGCUCAACAACUGAGGCUAUCUUCAGGCGAUUCAUUGGUGGCAUCGCCGGCUCGCCGAUGCCCUCAUUCAUCUCAAGUUUCCGGCUCGGUCUGACGGAUGAAGAAUCUGCGCGUAUGACUGAACUAGAAUUCAAGAUGGAUGGCGACGGCCUCUCAGAGGCAGAAGAGGGAGAAUACGCAGAGCUUGAGGAAAAGUUGUUUAUGUUUGAGGACAUCAUGCUCAAGGUUGAAGAAGGUGAGGAACUCGCUCCGGACGAACAAACUAAACUCAAUACAGCCCUGAAGCCGAUUUUUGAGAAAAGUUGGCACCUCGCAAAUUAUGUAAAAUCCUUAGGACCGAUGAGCAACCACAACCGGCGGUCGGAGACAAAGUGCUGCGCUCUCAAUAUCGCCCCGAUGCGUUACCGGGCAUGA